GCAUUAGUCGCAUGUGCAAAAAUGACGCAUGUAACCAUUCAAAAAAAGGAAAACAAUUUAGCACUUGAUAGGUGUGCAUGGACUCAAUUGUGUGCGUGAAAAAUUUCGCACCAGCGUCAGUAAAUGCUUUAAGAUCCCCAGUAAACUGUUGAGUUUUCAGUAACACCCUUGCAAACUAUCUAUCCACUCUGCAAAGAUAAUAAAAUGAUGAAUCAGAAUGUAUUGAGAUUAUAAGGUAUUGCGGCUUUCUCUAGUGCAUGCUAAACUUCAAACUCGAUUCCAGAGUCCAUAGAUGUUCAAUCGAUUCAAUGAAUCACCUGUCUUCGCAUUAACACUUACAUGCAAACACUUUGAGCUAGAUCACAAAAUGUAAGUUCCGAAAGUAACAACCCUCCUAAAAUGGCAAUCCACGAAAGUAGCAAAUGUAACUGGGGAAAAGAGCACACAUUUAUAUGUAAGAUCUUGUUAAGAAAUAGAACAGUUCAAACCCCAUUUGACGGCCACCCUUGGGGAAAGGGAUAGUGGCCACUUAAAAGGGGAAAGAGAGGAAUAAACAUAGAAAUUGCCCCACUGGUAUAUUAGCCGCCUUAUAGGGGUGGCAAUUUAAUAGAGGUUGGACUGCAUGGCAAAGAAAGGGAUUUCCACACGAUGUAGUAUUCAUCGUGAUUAGAUUUCGAUUUUGCUUUCUUGUUUUCAGCAAAUCCAUCAUGAUGAAACCAGUCACUUUACCAUGUGGGCAUUCUACAUGUAUGAAUUGCUACAGGAGACUUCUGGAGAUAGAAGAACAAAAAAACAAAUCUACCGCACUUUGCCCUGAAUGCCGAAAGCACUUUGGCAGAGAGGCAUUAACAAUUAGCUCUGCCAUGGACAGGGUUACAAGCAGUCUGGAAGUUCAAUGCUUGAACAAGGAUUGUGGGUGGAAAGGGCAACUGGAAGAGGCCGAAGACCAUAACCGGCAGUGCCCCAGUCAGGCUAAAAUAUCAUGCCCCCUUGGCUGUAACAAGAAGCUACUUUGGCUUUGGACUUUGUGGUUUGGCCGGGAAAAAGAACUUAAUUGUUCCCACUUCGUUCCAGAAUAUAUCCAGUUACAAUCGCAUAUAUUUUAUAAUUGCAGGAGUCAGGUUGCAAUCCACUUGAGUUCAUGCCCAAUGAAGGUUGUAACUUGCAAAGUAAAAGGAUGCAACCUGAUGUUUCAGAGGGCCUUGUGGGAGGACCACAUGGUCUCCUGUGCUCUAAGCCACUCAGUUCUAUACGAGGGCGAAAUACAGAGACUACGUCUUCAACUAUCCGAACUGAGUGGCUUAGAGCACAUGAGACCAUGUGGACCUCCAUGA